AUGUCUAACGCGUCGAACAUGCAGAAUAACAACGGACUGAAUAACAAUGAAAACAACAGAGCAUCCCUGCCCCAAAUUGCAAGGGCGCGCAACUUUCAAAUACCGGAUCGCUUACUCGCCGUAAUCUGGGAGACGAUGUCCAUCGCGUGCACAAGAGCCAAUCAGGCGUUACACAGCGACACGCAACUGCUCGACAUGGUCGAGCCUCCGGUUUGGACAGACGAAGAGACGGUGUUCCUAGUGCUUUGGAUUGCAAGAGAGCGAAGAAUUUUGGAGAUGGUGUUGACGCAGUUGGAAGUUUUACUGGGAUUGAGGCAUUCGUCCUAG